UACCUUGUAAAUAACAAGAUGAAGUUUGAGAAUAUACUGGCAGAGGUGGAUGGCUUGGGGAAAUUCCAAAUAAGGACGAUCCUGUUGAUGGUGAUUCCUCGUGUGACUUUGCCUUUUCACUUUUUGCUGAAUAAUUUUAUUGCGGUGAUUCCUUCUCACCACUGUGACAUCAGCUCUCUGGAUGAUGGAGAUAUGUUUAGGAAUUUAUCCCAGGCAAAGAGGGCUAUCGUGAGUAUUCCAGUGCAGGAGGACGGGACGCAAAGCUCCUGUCAGAUGUUUGCAGAGCCACAGUAUCACCUGCUGCUCAACUCCACCAACAUCACUGAACUACCCACAGUGCCGUGCAGGAAUGGAUGGGUGUACGACAACUCAACCUUCAAGUCUACUCUGGCCUCAGAUUGGGAUCUGGUUUGUGAUAACAGAAGAGUGAACAGAGCCACGGCCACUAUCUUCUUCAUGGGGGUAAUGCUUGGAGCGGCGGUGUUUGGAUAUCUUAGUGACAGGUUUGGCAGGAGAACGAUGCUUCUCGUGUCCUACAUUGCAACCACCUUCUUUGGAUUUGCCAGCGCUUUCUCGCAUAAUUUUGCCAUGUUUGCUGUCAUGAGGUUCUGCACUGGAGUAGGAAUAUCCGGAAUAAGUAUAAUCACCAUUGUCCUUUGUAUUGAAUGGGUGGACAUCAAGCAUCGCACUGCAGUGGGUGUUUUGCUAAGCCUGGACUGGAGUUUUGGCACUGCUAUGCUGCCUGUUAUCGCUUACUUUGUGAAGGACUGGAGAUACCUAACAGCCACAGUAACCGCUCCACUUUUUCUGGCAAUGGUCACCUGGUGGUGGCUCCCUGAAUCUGCCAGGUGGUUGAUAAGUAAUGGAAAGGUCCAAAGAGCUCAUUUUUACCUGAACAAAUGUGCACAAAUGAAUGGCAGAGAGCAGUUCAUGGCUGACUUAAAGCCUGAGGUUCUUUCCAAAGUAAUACUUGUAGAAAAUGAUAAAAGAAAAUAUUCCUAUUUGGAUCUCUUCAGGACACCCAGGAUGAGGAGAGUGGCUCUCCUUACUGGCAUUGUGUGGUUUGGAGUGACCUGUGCAUAUUAUGGAAUAAGCUUUAAUGUAACUGGCUUCGGUGUGAACAUUUACCUCACACAGUUCAUCUACGGUGCCUCUGAAGUUCCAGCUAAGGUGUUCAUCUUUUUAACCCUAAACAAAAUUGGUCGACGGUUGAAUCAAGCUGGAACACUCUUUAUGACCAGCCUGUGUAUCCUCUGCAGCAUGUUUAUCCCACCAGAUAAGGGGCCAUUCAGGACAGCUGUGGGGGCUUUGGGCAAGAUGUUUGCAGAGGGAGCAUUUACGACUAUAUUUCUGUACACAACAGAGCUUUAUCCAACUGUAAUGAGGCAAAAUGGACUGGGUUACUGCUCCUUCAUCGCUCGUUUUGGCGUGUCUGUAUGCCCUCUCAUCAUGGUUCUUGAAGAAGUGUGGGGCCAUUUACCAAAUACUAUUUUCGCUUUGGUGGCUUUUGUUGGAGGAGUGUCAGCCUCUUGUCUCCCUGAGACAACCAACGUCCGUCUACCAGAGACUUUAGAGGAUGUGGAACGGACAAGAUGA